AUGAAGCUUGUCUGCAUUAUUUUCGUUGCCAUUGCGUCUAUCGUCAGCAUCAAUGCAGUUCCAACCAGCAAAAGGUUGGCUGAUUCCAUGACGAACGAGAAAGAUUCCAUCGCUGACAGAACGUUCAAAAAAGCGCCUGUUAACGUACCCAUUUUCAACACCGGGGAGGUUAGUCCUUUAUACUAUGCCGAAAUUGAAAUUUCAAAGCAAAAGUUCAACGUGUGCUUAGAUACUGGCUCGGCAGAUCUCUGGUUACCACAUCCAUCGUGCCAUGACGACAUUGCCUGCAUGGGAAAGAAAUCUUUUGAUUUUACCAAAUCGCCAACCUUCUCUACCGAAAACAAGCAAUUCCUUAACGGCUAUGGCUUUGGCAACGUCUCUGGUAUUGUUGCUACUGACGAUAUCUCAAUGGGUGGUCUCACUGCUCAUGGACAAAUUUUCGGUCUCGCCCUUCACGAAACAUAUAAUUAUGGCAACUCUAAAUUCGAUGGCAUUAUGGGCAUGUCUCUUGGUCGCGCAGAUAUACCAGGAUACAUCGGGG